CACAAGCUGCUGCAACUGAGUCCAGCUCUUCCUAAUUGCUUGUUUAUUCCUGAGAAAAAAAUGAGCACAUGAACACUCCAGCCCAGGGUUAAGUGUUCUUAUAAAUGAAGAUGUGAAAAGGAUCCCAGGAGUCUUUCCUUUCUUUUGCUGGACUAUCAUUUCAUAGUUUUAACAAGCUGUAUUCACAUACUGUUUGCUGUCUUCUGUAGAACGAAGAUUGAACUCCAGGAUGAAAAACUCAGAGCUUUGUAAUUGUAUUUGGAACAUCUGCAUUGAUAUGAUAUUUUAAAUUACAUGUGAAGUCUGACAACGAUGCCAACAAACAACAGUUCUGAGUUAAUACAACGCUAUGAAAUUGGAAACCCUUCAAACACAACCUACCUCAUUGACCAGAAAAUAUCAGUCUUUUUUUCUGUUAUAUUUAUGUCAGUAGGAAUAAUAUCAAACAGCCUUGCCAUUGCAAUACUUUUAAAAGCUUAUCAAAGAUUUAGAAAAAAGUCCAAAGCAUCGUUUUUAUUGUUUGCUAGUGGAUUGGUAAUCACUGAUCUCUUUGGCCAUCUCAUUAAUGGAACAAUUGCAAUUUUUGUGUAUGAAUCUGACAGAGAAUGGAUCCGAUUCAACCAAUCAAAUAUUCUCUGCAGUAUUUUUGGAAUGUGCAUGGUAUUUUUUGGGCUUUGUCCACUUUUACUUGGGAGUGUUAUGGCAGUGGAACGUUGUAUAGGAGUCACCAAACCAAUUUUCCAUUCUACAAAAAUGACUUCAAGACAUGCCAAAAUUAUUUUGACUUUGGUGUGGCUCUUUGCUUUUUCAGUGGCCUUGUUGCCUAUACUUACUUUACGAAAAUAUCAUAUACAAGCAUCAAGAACGUGGUGCUUUUUAAAAACUGAUCGUGUCGAAGACUGGAUGGAUCAGAUGCACUUGCUGAUAUUUUCCAUUUUGGGACUUCUGUCCCUUACCAUCUCAUUUCUGUGCAAUGCAAUGACUGGCAUUACACUUUUUAGAUCUAAGAUGAAAAAUCAACAACACAGACAGGGAAGAUCUCAUCAUAUAGAAAUGAUAAUUCAACUCCUGGCCAUAAUGUGCGUCUCUUGUAUAUGCUGGACUCCAUUUCUGGUUACAAUGGCUAAUAUAGCAAUACAUGGAGAUAACUUACUGGACAUUUCAAAAACUAUACUUUUUUCACUUCGUAUGGCUACAUGGAAUCAAAUUUUGGACCCCUGGGUUUAUAUCCUUCUGAGGAAAACUGUACUUAAAAAAUUAUUUAGAAUUGCCAGACGUUGUUGUGGUGUGGAAAUUAUUCGUUUACAUACCUGGGAAUUUAGCUCCUUCAAAAAUUCGUUGAAAAUUGCUGCCGUUUCUGAAUCAAAUUAUUCUCGAACAAACACACUGAACGUGACUCCAAAGAGUGACACUGAACAAAAAUGUGAACUUCUAGAAAGUAAAUAACAAAUAUUUUGAUGUUGAUGUUAGCAUUAAAAUGCAUUAACAAACGGCAGAAACUGAUUUGGACUAAUUGUAUCCACUGGUGAACUUUGCCUCUCUUCUGAUGUAGUGGUCAUUGCUUAAAGGAAUAGUCUAGUCAAAAUAAGAUUUUCGCGAUUUAGAUAGGGCAUGCAAUUUUAAGAAACUUUCUAAUUUACGCCUAUCAUCAAUUUUUCUUCAUUCUCUUGGUAUCUUUAUCUGAAUAUAAACUUAGGAGUCGGCCCAUUUUUGGUUCAGCACCUGGGUAAUGCUUGCUGAUUGGUGUCUAAAUAUAGCCACCAAUCAGCAAGCACUAUCCAGGGUGCUCAACCAAAAAAAUGGGCCGGCUCCUAGACUUUACAUUCUUUCAUUUUCAGAUAAAAAAUGCCAAGAGAAUUAAAGGACCAGUCAACACAAAUACAAGAUAACAAGACAAUGCAAUAGCACUUAGUCUGAACUUCAAAUGAGUAGUAUAUUUUUUUAUAACAAAUUUCAAAGUUAUGUAUAUUUCCACUCCCCUUGUACCAUGUGAUUGCAAUCAGCCAAUCACAAAUGCAUGUACGUAUAGUCUGUGAUUUCUUGCACAUGCUCAGUAGGAUCUGGUGACUCAAAAAUUGUAAAUAUAAAAGAUUGUGCACAUUUUUUUUAAUAGAAGUAAAUUGGAAAGUUGUUUAAAAUUACAUGCUGCAUCUGAAUCAUGAAAAUUUAAUUUAACCUGAGUGUCCCUUUAAGAAAAAAAUGAUAAUAGUAACAAAUUAGAAAGUUGCUUAAAAUUGCAUGCUUUGACUAGAUGAUCCCUUUAUGUACAGGGGCAGUCCUGGUACCCAGUAAUGAUAUAAUUUACAUAAAUUGGUUUAGCAGGAUUACAGUACUGCUAUUCCAAAUCUUAAAGGGCCAUAAUACCCAAAUGUUUAAACACUUGAAAGUGAUGCAGUAUAGCUGUAAAAAGCUGACUAGAAAAUAUGACCUGAACUUCUCUAUGUAAAAAAGAAAGAUAUUUUACCUCAAAAGUUUCUCAGUUGCCACAUCCCAUUGUAAAGCACUUCUAAGCAGCAAAUCAAUAUGUCUGUCCCGUGACAGCUAAGGGAGUGAUCUUACGUGCACACUCAUCUUAUUUCCCUAUUCAGCUUAAGGAAGUUCACUAUGAAAUCUCAUGAGAGGUAAGUGAAAUCUCAUGAGAUCACAGUAAAAGAGUUCAUAACCUCAGCACUGCUGAUGGGCUGCUGUUCAUUUCUUCAUUUUUUUUUUCUUUUUUACCUGCAGCUGGGCUGCAGUUGAGUAUAACUUUUUACACAGAACUUACUCUGCUGAGCUGAGGAGAUUGUGAGGUAAAAUAUCUUUUUUACAUAGAGAUGCUCAGGUGAUAUUUUCUUGUCAGCUUUUUACAGUUAUACUGCAUCAGUUUCAAGUGAUUUAGCAUAUGAGUAUUAUGUCCCUUUAAGGCAUGUUAAAUGUGCAACAAAUAAAAAAAUAGUAACACCUUAAAAAGUGAAGAUUAUAAUCUAUCUCACCCCCAUCCAUAGAGGUUCUGCUUUUGUCAUGAACAUUUUUAUAAAGAAUUGAAAAAAAAAAAAAUAAUACAGAUAGAAUCAGCAUGCUAAGGGUCUAAGCUUUUGGAAGAAUCAUUUAAUCAUUUGAAUAUUUCUCAUACAUUUCGAGGCCAACAUGAGUAUUAAAGAACUUAUUUUUGUAGCAUUUUCUUUUUACAAAAAUGUGCAAUAUCACUGUAUAUAUUAGAUUCCAAAAAUAUAAGGAACAUAUUUAUGUGUAAAGAUUCCCUUUUUUUUAUUAUUCUUAUCUCUCCGGGUGAUUGAACAUGUUAUUUACUAUAUUAAAAUAUAUAAAAAUAAAUUAUUUAAAAUGAAAUAGAAAUACCUAAAAAUUAACAUUAGUAUAACUGUCGCAGCAAUACGGCAGGGACGUUAAAGUUAAUUAGUUGAUCCCCUAUUACUGUUCUUUUCAACACCACAUUUUGUAAAGCUAAUUCAUAUUUUUUUUUUUUUACAUUUGGAAGCCAUGUGAUACAAAAUUAGAUUAUAUUAUUAAAUAGGUGCGGGCACCAUCAUUUUAGUAAAAAACAUUUAUUACCAAUAAGGGCAAAUUUGUACCCAUAUAUUUGUGCGUAAAUAUUUUGUAACAUUUCAUUUUAUCAAGUUAUUCAGAAAAUCUGUAAAUGUCUUAUUUGUAUGUCGAUGCAAUUAAUGAGCUAACAAAGUGAAUCUCCAAAUUAAUUCAAUAUGGAAAUUAGCAAAGUACAUCUGAAUUUCUUUUAUUUGCAUGAAAAAAAUAAAAUAAAAAAACAAUUAUACCAGAAGUAGCAAGAAAUAAAUGCUGGCACAAAAAUCAUACUGCAGUAUAAAUGGUCAUAGGAUGAAAGUGAAAAAAAGAAAACCUAAUAGCAACAACAACAAAAAAUUGAUACGCAUGUACCUGAAUUCCUGAAUUUUUAUGAAAGAACUGAAAGCAAUCUGAAUGAGCAUUUUGAUUCCUCAGUGCUUUCAAUAUCUGUUUAUAUUUUUUUCUAGAACAAUAAAAUUGCUAACAAAAAAAUAUAUGCACACUUAAAGGGACGGUAAAGUCAAGAUUAAACAACUUUUCAUUUUUAACAACUUCCCAAUUUAUUUCUAAUAUAAAAUUUGCUUAGUUCUCUUGGUAUCCUUAGUAAAAGAGUAAUCCUAGGUGAGAUUAGGAGUGUGCACUUCAUUAGCCAGAUGUACGCCCCUGUCCAUCUGUAACUCUUAAAUCUGGGCCAUAGAAUGCAAAAGAAUAUGUUUAUUCUUCAACUAAAGAUACCAAGAAAACAAAGCAAAUUUGAUAGCUAAGGUAAAUUGGAAAGUCGUUUAAAAAUGCCUGCUCUAUCUGAAUAAUAAACAUUUAAUUUUGACUUUACUGUCCCUUUAAACAGGGGCAAUACGCUCUAUAUUCAAUUGCAGUUCAAUAUAUAACUAUAACUGGAGGGUAUAUCACACAAAUGCUAAUGCAUCAAGAAUAAUUGUAUAUGUGUUGUUUAAUACAUUACCUGUUGCAUGACAUAAACAAUGCUUCAAGAGGUCACUUUAAAUAUUAUGCAGUGUACAUUUUGUCACUUGUCUUGGGACUUAAGCAAAUAAUUAAAUCAAUGUUAAGUGUUUUGUACAUCAUUCGGUGUUACUGUUUAAUUCAUUAAAUGGUCUUUAUUUUAAAAA